AUGCAUGAUACCAUUAAGUCUUUAAUUUUGAGUAUUAGCAUUUUGCAUCAAUGUGUACCUAAUCGCAAAAACCCCCUUGAAAAUUCCCCAUCGUUGCAUUCUCUCUCACUGCAAAGAGCUCCAGAUCUAAACCCCUUCUUCGACCUCGAGCUCGCUGCUCCGCAUCAAUGGCGGCUUCGCCGGAAGCCGAUCCCUCUUCUCGCCCAGAUCCUCCUCCCAUCUCUCGAUAAGAUCGUCAAGAAUGCCUCUUGGCGCAAAGGCCAUGCCAAGCUCUCCCACCAGUGCAAAGCUUUGAUCGACAAGCUCUCCGCCCCGCCCACCUCCACCGCCGUAUCUCCGGUCUCCUCCCCGACAUCCUCCUCCUCCUCCCCAGGUCCCGUUGUUGGCCUUUCACUUGCUGAAUCCGAGUCCAUCCUUAACCCUCUGAUCGCCGCCCUCUCAUCCGCAUCCCCCAAGAUCGCCGAGCCGGCCCUGGACUGCGUCCAGCGCCUCAUCUCCCAUUCCCUCCUCCGCGGCGAGGCUGACCCCGGCUCCUCCCCUGAUGCUCGUCUCCUCUCCUCCCUCCCCUCCUCUUGCUCCGCCCUCUCCCUCGGCGACGACGCUAUCGAGCUCCUUGUUGUGAAAAGUAUCCUUUCCGCCGUCACAUCCACUUCCAUUCGCGUUCAUGGCGAUGCUCUCCUUGACGCUGUCCGCACAUGCUACGAUCUCUACCUCGGCAGCCGCAGUCCCGUCAAUCAGACCACCGCCAAGGCCUCGCUCAUCCAGAUGCUCGUCAUUGUAUUCCGCCGUAUGGAGGCCGACUCCUCCGCCGCCCCUGUACAGCCCAUUGUUGUCGCUGACCUCAUGGACCCCGGCACUGCCCCUGCUCCGCCGGAUGCCAACAUGACCCAGUUCGUUCAGUCAUUCAUCUCGAAAAUCAUUGGCGACAUCGAUGGGGUUUUGAAUCCCACGACGCCUGCGGCUAAGUCUGGGGCACAUGACGGGGCCUUUGAGACGACGGCAGUGGAGCACACCAACCCUGCUGACCUGUUGGAUUCCACAGAUAAGGAUAUGUUGGAUGCGAAGUAUUGGGAGAUUAGUAUGUAUAAGACUGCAUUGGAGGGGAGGAAAGAUGAGCUUGGAGCUGAUGGGAUGAUGGAGAGGGAGGAUGAUUCGGAGGUUCAGAUAGGAAAUAAGCUUCGGCGGGAUGCUUUCUUGGUGUUCCGGGCAUUAUGUAAGCUCUCCAUGAAGACUCCGCCUAAAGAGGCGGCCACUGAUCCGACAUUGAUGCGGGGGAAGAUACUGGCAUUGGAGCUGCUCAAGAUCUUGCUGGAGAACGCCGGAGCUGUGUUCAGGACCAGUGAGCGGUUUCUUGGUGCCAUUAAGCAGUAUCUGUGCCUAUCUUUGUUGAAAAAUAGUGCUUCAACUCAUAUGAUUGUUUUUCAGCUUUCUUGUUCUAUUUUCAUGAGCCUGGUUUCAAGAUUUAGACCAGGAUUGAAAGCAGAGAUUGGGGUAUUCUUCCCAAUGAUUGUUCUGAGAGUUUUGGAAAAUGUCGCUCAACCAAAUUUUCAGCAGAAGAUGAUUGUUCUUCGUUUUCUGGAAAAGCUUUGUGUUGACUCCCAGAUAUUGGUUGACAUUUUUAUCAAUUAUGAUUGUGAUGUCCACUCAUCCAAUAUAUUUGAGAGAAUGGUCAAUGGCUUGCUCAAGACAGCUCAAGGUCCAACACCUGGCACUGUCACAACAUUAGUCCCACCUCAAGAUGUAACUAUGAAACAUGAAGCUAUGAAGUGCUUAGUGGCAAUAUUGAGAUCCAUGGGAGAUUGGAUGAAUAAACAGUUGAGAAUACCAGACCCCCAUUCUCCUGGAAGUCCAGAAUCAGCUGAGAGCACUUCUGACGGUGGAAAUGAUCCUCCGAUGGCCAGUGGAGAUGGGGAGGAGGCUACUGAAGGAACAAGUUCUCAUUCGGAUUCUGCAAGUGAAGUCUCAGAUGCUGCUUCUUUUGAGCAGAGGCGCGCUUAUAAGCUGGAACUUCAGGAAGGAAUAUCCCUUUUUAACCGGAAACCUAAGAAAGGAAUAGAAUUUCUUAUAAAUGCAAAGAAGGUGGGAGAUUCACCUGAGGAGAUAUCUAGCUUCCUUAGAAGUGCAUCAGGCUUGAACAAGACUCUGAUUGGUGAUUAUUUAGGAGAAAGGGAAGAAUUGCCACUAAAAGUCAUGCAUGCUUAUGCGGAUUCAUUUGAUUUUCAAGGUAUGGAGUUUGAUGAGGCUAUCAGGACCUUCUUGCAAGGGUUUAGAUUGCCUGGUGAGGCACAAAAGAUUGAUCGCAUAAUGGAAAAAUUUGCUGAACGGUUUUGCAAAUGUAAUCCGAAAGCCUUCAUGAGUGCAGACACUGCUUAUGUCCUUGCUUAUUCUGUGAUAUUGCUUAACACUGAUGCGCAUAAUCCAAUGGUUAAGAACAAGAUGUCUGCAGAUGAUUUCAUAAGGAAUAAUCGUGGAAUUGAUGAUGGAAAGGAUUUGCCGGAAGAAUAUCUGAGAUCCUUAUUUGAAAGGAUCUCAAGGAAUGAAAUUAAAAUGAAAGAAGAUGAUCUGGCUUCCCAGCAAACUCAGCCACUGAAUUCUAAUAAAAUGUUGGGAUUGGAUAAUAUUUUGAAUGUUGUUGUCCGCAAGAGAGGGGAUAAGUCUAUGGAGACCAGUGAUGAUCUCAUCAGGCACAUGCAAGAGCAGUUUAAGGAAAAAGCUCGCAAAUCAGAGUCUGUGUAUUAUGCUGCAACUGAUGUGGUAAUACUGAAAUUCAUGAUUGAGGUAUGCUGGGCACCUAUGUUGGCCGCUUUCAGUGUUCCACUUGACCAGAGUGAGGACGAGACAGUGAUAUCUCUCUGUCUUGAAGGGUUUCGAUGUGCAAUUCAUGUUACUGCAGUUAUGACAAUGAAGACCCAGAGAGAUGCCUUUGUUACUUCUCUAGCGAAGUUCACGUCCCUCCACUCUGCUGCUGACAUGAAGCAGAAGAAUAUCGAUGCUAUCAAGACAAUUGUUUCCAUUGCAGAAGAUGAUGGUAAUUAUUUGCAAGAAGCCUGGGAACAUGUUUUAACAUGUGUGUCUCGGUUUGAGCAUUUGCAUCUUUUAGGAGAGGGUGCUCCUCCAGAUGCUACAUUUUUUGCAAUACAACAAAAUGAAUUGGAUAAAUCUAGACAAGCCAAAUCAUCAAUCCUUCCUGUAUUGAAGAAGAAGGGUCCUGGGCGGAUGCAGAACGUGGCUCCAACAGCAAGAAGGGGUUCCUAUGAUAGUGCUGGUGUCGGUGGCCAUGCCUCUGGAGUAGUUACAUCUGAGCAAAUGAGCAACUUGGUUUCAAAUUUAAAUUUGUUAGAACAAGUUGGAAUUGCUGAUAUGAACCGAAUAUUCAUGCGUAGUGAAAAUCUGAAUAGUGAGGCAAUAGUUGACUUUGUCAAUGCGCUUUGCAAGGUUUCUAUGGAAGAAUUGAGAUCUGCAUCAAAUCCACGAGUUUUUAGUCUCACGAAGAUUGUUGAGAUUGCGCACUUUAAUAUGAACCGAAUCAGACUUGUCUGGUCUAAAAUCUGGCAUGUGUUAGCUGAGUUCUUUGUCACCAUUGGCUGCUCAGAAAAUCUCUCAAUUGCUAUUUUUGCAAUGGAUUCCUUGCGUCAGCUAGCAAUGAAGUUCUUAGAGAGAGAAGAACUGGCCAACUAUAAUUUCCAAAAUGAAUUCAUGAAACCCUUUGUCAUUGUUAUGCGCAAAAGCAGAGCUGUUGAAAUCAGAGAGUUAAUAAUCAGAUGUGUUUCUCAGAUGGUGUUGGCUCGUGUUAAUCAUGUCAAGUCAGGGUGGAAAAGCAUGUUCAUGGUCUUCACAACUGCUUCUUCAGAUGAGCACAAGAAUAUUGUGCUUUUGGCUUUUGAGAUUAUUGAGAAGAUUGUGCGUGAUUACUUCCCUUAUAUAACUGAAACUGAAACUACAACCUUCACAGAUUGUGUUAAUUGUUUGGUUGCAUUUACCAAUAGUCGGUUUAAUAAAGAUAUCAGCCUAAGUGCCAUUGGUUUCCUUCGGUUAUGUGCUGUUAAACUUGCUGAAGGAGACCUUGGUUCCUCUCCAAAGUUAAAGGGCAAUGAAGGUGCUGAAGUAGAGAAAGAUGGAAAAAUUGAUGGCCAACGUCCCAUUGACAAAGAUGAUCAUCUACAUUUCUGGUUCCCAUUGCUAGCAGGAUUGUCAGAACUUACAUUUGAUCUUAGGCCUGAAAUAAGGAAAACUGCCUUGCAAGUGCUAUUUGAUAUGCUACGCAACCAUGGGCAUCUCUUCUCACUGGCUCUGUGGGAGAAAGUCUUUGACUCUGUUCUUUUCCCAAUAUUUGAUUAUGUAAGACAUGCUAUUGAUCCAUCCGGACGAAAUUUGCAAGGACAGGAGAUUGAAGAUGAUUCCAGCGAGCAAGAUCAAGAUGCUUGGCUUUAUGAAACAUGCACUUUGGCCCUUCAGCUGGUAGUAGAUCUUUUUGUGAAAUUUUAUGAUACUGUGAAUCCGCUGUUGAAGAAAGUGUUGAUGUUGUUGACAAGUUUUAUAAAGCGCCCUCAUCAGAGUCUUGCUGGCAUUGGCAUUGCCGCCUUUGUUCGCUUAAUGGGCAAUGCUGGAAACCUCUUCUUUGAGGAGAAGUGGCUUGAGGUGGUCUUGUCAUUGGAAGAAGCUGCUGCAGCAACCCUCCCUGAUUUCUCCCUAGUUUCUUCUGAUGUUUACCUUGAGAAUUUAGCCAGAGACAGCAUAUCAGAAAGUAAUGAAGAACCCCAGAAGUCAACUGAUGACGAUGAUGUGGAGGGCCGCAGAACUAGAAUUCUGUUUGCUGCCAUUAAUGAUGCCAAGUGUCGUGCUGCAGUCCAACUUCUGUUGAUUCAGGCAGUACUGGAAAUCUAUGGAAUGUAUAGAGCUCAACUAUCAGCAAGGAAUAGAGUUGUACUCUUCAAAGCAUUGCAUGUGGUGGCAGCCCAUGCUCACAAGAUAAAUAGUGACAGUGAACUGAGAUCGAAACUACAAGAACUAGGUCCUAUGACCCAAAUGCAGGAUCCUCCACUUCUACGCCUCGAGAACGAAUCCUACCAAAUAUGUCUUACACUCCUGCAAAACAUCAUCUUUGACAGACCUACAAACGACGGGGACAUCGAUAUAGAGGCACAUCUUAUUGCCCUGUGCAGUGAAGUUCUGCAAGUGUAUUUAAAAACCGCAAAACCCGGGCAGCUACUCAGGAUCUCAUCUGCUGGUCAACAAAAACCACAAUGGCUCAUUCCAAUCGGUUCAUCAAAACGUCGAGAACUUGCAGCCCGGGCACCCCUCAUCGUGUCAACAAUUCACGCCAUAUGUGAUCUGGAAGGUUCAUCAUUCCAGAAUAACUUGUCACAUUUCUUCCCUCUUUUCGCAGGGCUGAUAACCUGCGAGCAUGGUUCAAACGAAGUACAACUCGCACUGAGUGAUAUGCUCGACUCGUGGGUUGGCCCGGUUUUGCUCAAAUCUUGUUGCUGAUCUUGUUCACAGCAUAUUCAUAUUUACAUCAUUAUAGACUUGAUUGUAUGAUAGUUUUGUCAGACACCAUUCUUCAAUUGCUUCAAUGUUUGUCAUCAUCUUGAUGUAAUAGUUGUUAUACAUGGCAUUUAAUAGCCAUUGUUGGACUCUUACAACAAGAAUAUGUAGGUUUUGAAAUGAGCAUCCAUGUGAUUUGAUGAUGUAUUUAUGUGAGUUA